CAACCUGUUUCGCAACUUCCUGGGCUGUCAACCUUCAAUUAAGCAGGGCUGGAGGGCAAUCGUGUGGGCAGGCUGAUCGGCUAGGCAGGACAGCGCCAGGGUGUGGGCUGCGCGCUUCACUCUGUUCGCCGCAGGAAGCCUGAGCUCAUUAGAGCAGCGGCUCCUCCAAGCUCGGAGCGGCUGACGCCGCUGUUCCUAUCCGCCAAAUCUUGCCACGAAAGUCCGACUCUCUGACAAAAUCCACGCCCCGGUGAACGUUCCGAGGGAAAGCCUGAGGUCGCGAUGGAUCUUGAAGGGGACCGCAAUGGAAGAGCCGGAAACAAAUACGUCUUGAACCAGGACAAAAAAAGUAAAAAAGAGAAGAAGGAAAAGAAACCAACUGUCAGUGUAGUUGCAAUGUUUCGCUAUUCAAAUUGGCUGGACAGGUUAUAUAUGGUGGUGGGAACUUUGGCUGCCAUCAUCCAUGGCGCUGGACUCCCCCUCAUGAUGCUGGUGUUUGGAGACAUGACGGACAGCUUUUCACAAGCAGGCAACACAAACCUUACUCUGCAAAACUUAAUGAAUCAAAGUGGUAACAACAGUACACAGAUGUUCUUCAAUCUGGAGGAAGACAUGACCACGUAUGCCUAUUACUACAGUGCAAUCGGUGCUGGUGUGCUUGUUGCCGCUUACAUCCAAGUUUCAUUUUGGUGCCUGGCAGCUGGAAGACAAAUAUACAAAAUUAGAAAACAAUUUUUCCACUCUAUAAUGAGCCAGGAAAUAGGCUGGUUUGAUGUGCAUGAUGUUGGGGAACUUAACACCAGGCUCACAGAUGAUGUCUCCAAAAUUAAUGAAGGAAUUGGUGACAAAAUUGGAAUGCUCUUUCAGUCAAUGGCAACAUUUUUCACUGGUUUUAUAAUAGGAUUUAUACGUGGUUGGAAGCUAACUCUUGUGAUCUUGGCCAUCAGUCCUGUUCUUGGAGUGUCAGCUGCUCUCUGGGCAAAGAUAUUAUCUUCAUUUACUGAUAAAGAACUCCAUGCAUAUGCAAAAGCUGGAGCUGUCGCUGAAGAGGUCUUAGCAGCUAUUAGAACUGUGAUUGCAUUUGGAGGACAAAAGAAAGAACUGGAAAGGUACAACAAAAACUUAGAAGAAGCUAAAAGAAUUGGGAUAAAGAAAGCUAUUACAGCCAAUAUUUCUAUUGGUGCUGCUUUUCUGCUGAUCUAUGCAUCAUAUGCUCUGGCAUUCUGGUAUGGGACCACCUUGGUCAUCUCAGAAGAAUAUUCUAUUGGACAAGUACUCACUGUCUUCUUUUCUGUAUUGAUUGGGGCUUUUAGUAUUGGGCAGGCAUCUCCAAGUGUUGAAGCUUUUGCAAACGCAAGAGGAGCGGCUUAUGAAGUCUUCAAGAUCAUUGAUAAUAAGCCGAACAUCGACAGCUAUUCGAAGAAUGGGCACAAACCAGAUAAUAUUGAAGGAAAUUUGGAAUUCAGAAAUGUUCACUUCAGUUACCCAUCCCGAAAAGAUGUUCAGAUCUUGAAGGGGCUCAGCCUAUCGGUGCAGAGUGGACAGACGGUGGCUCUGGUGGGGAACAGUGGCUGUGGGAAGAGCACGACGGUCCAGCUGAUGCAGAGGCUUUAUGACCCUACAGAGGGCGUGGUCAGUAUUGAUGGACAGGACAUUAGGGCCAUAAAUGUAAGGUAUCUGCGGGAAAUCACUGGUGUGGUGAGUCAGGAACCUGUGUUAUUUGCCACCACAAUAGCUGAAAAUAUUCGGUAUGGUCGUGAAGAUGUCACGAUGGAGGAGAUUGAAAAAGCUGUUAAGGAAGCCAACGCCUAUGACUUUAUCAUGAAACUGCCUCAUAAAUUUGACACCCUGGUUGGAGAGAGAGGGGCCCAGCUGAGUGGAGGGCAGAAACAGAGGAUUGCCAUUGCCCGUGCCCUGGUCCGCAACCCCAAGAUCCUCCUGCUGGAUGAGGCCACGUCAGCCUUGGACACAGAAAGUGAGGCAGUGGUUCAGGCAGCUCUGGAUAAGGCCAGAAAGGGCCGGACUACCAUUGUGAUAGCUCAUCGUUUGUCUACAGUGCGUAAUGCUGAUGUCAUUGCCGGUUUUGAUGAUGGAGUCAUUGUGGAGAAAGGAAAUCACGAUGAGCUCAUGAAACAGAAAGGCAUUUAUUUUAAACUUGUCACAAUGCAGACAGCAGGAAAUGAAAUUGAAUUAGAAAAUACAGCUGAUGAAUCCAAAAGUGAAAUUGAUGGCUUGGAAAUGUCCUCAAAAGAUUCAGGAUCCAGUCUAAUGAGAAGAAGAUCAACUCUCAGGAGCAUCCGUGGAUCACAAAGCCAAGACAGAAAGCUCAGUACAAAAGAGGCUCUGGAUGAAGAUGUACCUCCCGUUUCCUUUUGGAGGAUUCUAAAGCUGAAUUUAUCUGAAUGGCCUUAUUUUGUUGUGGGUGUAUUUUGUGCCAUUGUAAAUGGAGGCUUGCAACCAGCAUUUUCAGUAAUAUUUUCGAAGAUUGUAGGGGUUUUUACAAGAGAUGAUGAUGCUGCAACAAAACGAGAGAAUAGUAACUUGUUUUCACUACUGUUUCUAGUCCUUGGAAUCAUUUCUUUUAUUACAUUUUUCCUUCAGGGCUACACAUUUGGCAAAGCUGGAGAGAUCCUCACCAAGCGGCUCCGAUAUAUGGUUUUCAGAUCCAUGUUGAGACAGGAUGUGAGCUGGUUUGAUAACCCUAAAAACACCACUGGAGCAUUGACUACCAGGCUUGCCAAUGAUGCUGCUCAAGUUAAAGGGGCUAUAGGCUCCAGGCUUGCCAUAAUUACCCAGAAUAUAGCAAAUCUUGGGACAGGAAUUAUCAUAUCCCUCAUCUAUGGCUGGCAAUUAACACUUUUACUCUUAGCAAUUGUACCCAUCAUUGCAAUAGCAGGAGUUGUUGAAAUGAAAAUGUUGUCUGGACAAGCACUGAAAGAUAAGAAAGAACUAGAAGGUGCUGGAAAGAUCGCUACUGAAGCAAUAGAGAACUUCCGAACUGUUGUUUCUUUAACUCGGGAGCAGAAGUUUGAACAUAUGUAUGCCCAGAGUUUGCAGUUGCCAUACAGAAACUCUUUGAAGAAAGCACACAUCUUCGGAAUCACAUUUGCCUUCACCCAGGCAAUGAUGUAUUUUUCCUACGCUGGCUGUUUCCGAUUUGGCGCCUACUUGGUGGCACGUAGUUUAAUGACCUUUGAGAAUGUUCUGUUGGUAUUUUCAGCUAUUGUCUUUGGUGCCAUGGCAGUCGGGCAGGUCAGUUCAUUUGCUCCUGACUAUGCCAAAGCCAAAGUGUCAGCAUCCCACAUUAUCAUGAUCAUUGAAAAAGUCCCCGAGAUCGACAGCUAUAGCACAGAAGGCCUGAAGCCGGACAAGAUGGAAGGAAAUGUGACAUUUAACAAAGUCGUAUUCAACUAUCCUACUCGGCCAGACAUCCCAGUGCUUCAGGGGCUGAGCCUCGAGGUGAAGAAGGGCCAGACGCUGGCCCUGGUGGGCAGCAGUGGCUGUGGAAAGAGCACAGUGGUCCAGCUCCUGGAGCGUUUCUACGACCCCUUGGCUGGGACAGUGCUAAUUGAUAACAAAGAAAUAAAGCAAAUGAAUGUGCAGUGGGUCCGAGCACACAUGGGCAUUGUAUCCCAGGAGCCCAUCCUGUUUGACUGCAGCAUUGGCGAGAACAUCGCCUAUGGGGACAACAGCCGGGUGGUGUCACAGGAAGAGAUCGUGAAGGCGGCCAAGGAGGCCAACAUACACCAGUUCAUCGAUUCACUGCCUGAUAAAUAUAACACCAGAGUAGGAGACAAAGGAACUCAGCUCUCUGGUGGGCAAAAACAACGCAUUGCCAUAGCUCGUGCCCUCGUCAGGCAGCCUCAUAUUUUGCUUUUGGAUGAAGCUACAUCAGCUCUGGAUACAGAAAGUGAAAAGGUUGUCCAAGAAGCCCUGGACAAAGCCAGAGAAGGCCGCACCUGCAUUGUGAUCGCUCACCGCCUGUCCACCAUCCAGAAUGCAGACCUGAUAGUGGUGUUUCAGAAUGGCAAAGUGAAGGAGCACGGCACACAUCAACAGCUACUGGCCCAGAAAGGCAUCUAUUUUUCAAUGGUCAGUGUCCAGGCUGGAGCAAAGCGCCAGUGAACUGUGACUGUAUGAGACGUUAAAUAUUUUUUAAUAUUUGUGUUUAAAUAUAGCAUUUAAUCAAAGUUUAAAAAGCAAGCAGCCAUGGGAUGAUGAAGAGUUACAUGUUUAACAUUUCCUGCCACAAUAGAAGAUCAUUUCAUCAAGUUCAUUGUCUUCAGAGACUUCAUAAUUAAAGGAACAGAAAGAGAAACAUCAUCGAAUGGGAGGACAUAAUGGUUUUAAUUGUAUUUUAAAAAGAAUUUAAAGUAGACUUUUUAAAUAAAGUGUGCAAUUUUGUUUAUACUUUUUCACUUGGACUGUAACCGGCUUGCUAAAAGAGCAUAGUAAUAGCAAAAAGUAUUGAAAUAUUUGCAUAAAGUAUCUAUAAUAAAACUAAACUUUCAUGUGACCACAGUCAUCUUGUCCAAAAUGCCUGUGAAUAUGUUUUCUUCCAAUUGAAAUAUUGUAGAGAAUUUCUGAUUUAAAAAAAUAUUUCUUUAAAACAUCUAUUCAUUAUUGUGGGAAUGGUUAAUCAGUUUAAAGUCUAUUCUAUAUGUCUUUUCACGUUGGGUUUUAUAGAACCAUCUGGCAUCAUUCUUCUUGGACUUGACUUGCUGAGUCUUACAUCUCCACAUGAUGAUGGCUCUCAAACCCAUCAGGUAUAUCAAUACAAGAUUUUGAGAGGUGGAGUGAGAUGCAAUUAUGAAGUAUUUAUUACUCAGAUGUACAUGAAAUAUUGUGUACUGCUCUUACUAGGGCUUUUCAAGGAUUUUAAUAUUUUUGUACUUUUAAAGAAUACAAUUACUCUUUUUCUUGUCAUGAUAUGAAUCACUUUCUCUAGAAUUGGUCUCUUCCAAAGUUGAUCCUUCUGAUUUACAGAUGUUUAAAAUGUGCCAUGGGUUUAAUACAUUGUGAUGCAAACUUGAUGAAAAACGAAAAGAAGAAAAUAUCACAAGGACUGAUACUCUGAGUAGAAAUUUUUAAAAUUAGCCAUUAUAAGCAAGGUUGAAAGUCACAAGCUGGGGUACCAUAUUUAUUAUAAACAGUUGCUAUAUUUAAUAUAUAAAGAACUUCUAAAAAGGAAAAUAAAAGUCCCCUCCAAGAGUAAAUGGGCAAAGGAAAUGAUCAGAUAAUUCCCAAAGAAAAAAGUGAAUGAGAAAAAUGUACAAUUUCAAUAAUCAA